ACCCUCAAAAAAAAGAGAAAAAAACAAAUGCAGGCCUCGUCUCCCCAAUCCCCCCAUCCACACGAAACCCUAGCGGCCGAAUCGCGAUCCCCUUCCCGUCUCCGUCGCGACGGCUCCACCCCUACCCCUAUGAUCGUCGAUCAGAUGCCGAUGCCGCAGAAGCGGCGCCGCCGCCGGAGGAGGCCUCUUGAAGAAGGAGUGUCCCGCCGGCGCCUUGGUGACGGUGGCGCAUCGUUGUCUGGAUCCCUUGUCUAUUCGGACUCUGAUAGCAGCAGCCGUGUGGAUGGAGGCUCUCCGCCGCCCGACGAGCCUGCAACAGAGCCAAGGUACCAUGAAAUUGUUGCCUCGCGCCUCGCCCAAUUGCAGUUACCAGUCGGCUCGGAAUGGGACUUGGCCGGUUUUUCAAAUAUCCCUUCCCGCGAAAUCCUCGAAGCCCUUACUCGUAAAUCUUUCCACGAUGAUGAGUCGCGAGCUGCUCUAGUACAAUAUCAAAUCCAGUGUUUCUUCAACGAGGCCCAAGAGGGACGAGACAGAGAUUCACAAGGAAAAUCUGAUUCGGCCGUCGUUGUUGUUGCUGAACCGGCCAAUGAUGCUAUCACGAAGCAGCAACACAAAAGCGACUGUGAAAAGCUAGCGGCCCGCAUGACUGAAAUUGAGACUUACACCGAACUGGACCAAGAGGAGACCAACAAGUUCCAUCUCAAGUAUGCGCUUUAUCGCAUCAAAGCUUGCCUGCUGUUGAAAGGAGUGCCGGUUGACAAGAUUGAUGAUGCUGCGUUGGAACGCAAGUACCCUCCAGAGCUUAUCGUUAAGAACGACUACUUCUUUCACUACGUCCAGGAUGGCUUCUUUGGUUGGUAUUUUGAUUCCGAACUCUGUUACAAAAAGUCCUUGAGCGACUACCAGCGGCUAGUCAUUUUCAACGAUGGUGGUGUUGAGUAUACAAGUUGGAGUAGAUACCGAGCAUUUUAUAGCACCCCUGACGCUGAUAGAGAUUAUCUCCAAUACUGGGAAACAAUUGUGAAGGAAAUUAAAUGGGUUGAACAGUAUUUGCUGAUAAAUGAGUCGUCUAUUGAGUGGGCGCGUAUACAUUCAAAGGCCACAUUCCAAGCAUGUAGGAUCGCAGCUGGGUUUCAGAACAUGACUCUGGAACUAGCAGCUGUUGGUUUGCAUGAGUAUAUAUGGGAUGCACGCAUAAAUCUCAUGUUUGUGAAAGAUCGUGAUGGUGUCUUCUAUCAGAUUUGGAAGCGGGUCAAUGAUAAUCAUCAGCUGAGUUUCAGAGAUGCUCUUGAGCAAGUUUAUGGUGAAAACUUGUAUUCAGCACACGACCGCAGUAUGAAGUAUGAGCUGAAUUACGGCGGUUCCAACAUGGAGCAUGUUUUUGAUCGGUGCACGAAAGGCAUUAGUGACAGUGUUCCAGAAUGUAAAGCCCGUGAGCUGAUUGCACAGGAGAUCCGUUGGACGAGUUUGUCGUCUGGAACAUAUGCGCAGUACGCCAGGAAGAAGCUGAAGAUUGCAGAACUGAUAGGAUUAAUUCCAAGGACAAGAUAGGAGCUGCGUAGUUGUGUUUGUUAAGAUAACAGCUGUGUAGUUGUGUUGGUAAUGUCUUGGCGCUGGUUCCAUAA